AAACCCUCCUUUUUAUUAAUUUCCAGUUUUUCUCUUUCAUCUCCUCCGUCUCUCUCUCAGAGACUGAGAGAGAUUUUUCGUUCUUUCUUUUCUUCAUUUUUUUCCUUCUAUCUUCCCUUCCUUAAAUAAAAAAAAAACCCUCUUAAUCCUCCUUUAUUUACAUCAUUUGCCACUCUCCCCCUUCAUUUCUCCAUCUUAAUUCAAAACAAAAAUUCCCCCAAAUUAUAAACUUUCAUAUUCUUCUUCUUCUUCUGUUGCUGCUGCUGCUGCUGUAUUUAGGGUUUUCUUUUUAGGUUGUUUUUUUUUUUUGUAAAUAUGGAGAGAUCCGAUGGUAAACUUCCCAGCAGCUUCUCUCAAGCUUCCUCAGAUAAUGCUCUUUUUGAUGCAUCCCAGUACGAAUUUUUUGGUCAAAAUGCUGUGGCAGAAGUGGACUUGGGGGGUUUAGAAGAUGGUGAAGAGGAUUCUCCUGUGUUUGCAUCCACUGAAGAUGAUGAGUACCAUUUGUUUGAUAGAGGAGAGCUUGUAGGUUUAGGAUCAUUGUCUGACAUGGAUGAUCUGGCUAGUACUUUUGCAAAGUUGAAUAGGGUUGUUACAGGACCAAGAAAUCCAGGAGUUAUUGGUGAUCGAUCGGGAUCUUUUUCAAGGGAAAGUUCAUCUGCUGCUGAUUGGUCUCAAGAUGGAGACUACCUAAAUUGGAUGGAUCAGCAUAUGUUCGAUGUAGAAGAUGUUCAAGAAGGCAAGGGAUGGUCCUCGCAACCACUUCUUUCUACAGCUCCUCCUGUCCUGGAACCAAAACCUUUGUAUAGAACUUCUACAUAUCCCCAGCAGCAACCACAGCCACAUCACUUUUCAAGUGAACCGAUCGUUGGAUCUAAAUCAACCUUCACAUCUUUCCCACCUCCUGGUAACAGAUGCGAGCAGUCUUUACCUACUCACCUAAAAAUCCCAGCUCUUACCAGUGGAUCUCAGUCCCCCUUCUCUCCAUUGUCUAACUCUAGUCUCCGUUUGGCUGGUUUAUCUCAUGGAUUGCAUUAUGGUGGUAAUAUGUCUCAGUUAACAUCUCCGGGCCUAUCUUUUAGUAGCAGAUCGCAAAAUCAUUGGGUAAACAAUUCCGGUUUAUUACAUGGAGAUCAUGCUGGUCUUUUGCAUCAUAUGUUGCAACAUCAAAUACCUCAUCAAAAUGGCUUGAUAUCCCCACAGUUAAUGUCACCGCAACAACACAGGCUGCACCAUUCGAUUCAACCGUCUUUGGCACAUUUGACCGCGUUACAAUCUCAGCUGUAUAAUCCUCAUCCUUCUUCGCAUAAAAUGAUGUUUGGAACGGCUGAUCAUAGGGAACAACGGACGAAAUCAUCAAGAAACAGGCAGAGCAUGCGGUUUUCUCAGCAAAGUUCUGAUACCAGUAGCCAGAAAAACGAGAGUGGGUUGGUACAAUUCCGGUCCAAGCAUAUGACUGCUGAAGAAAUAGAGAGUAUUCUUAAGAUGCAACAUGCUGCGACACAUAGUAACGAUCCUUACGUAGAUGAUUAUUACCACCAAGCUUGUCUUGCCAAAAGAUCAUCGGGAUCCAGGGCUAAACAUCUUUUUUGCCCGUCUCACUUGAAGGAAUCACAUUCUCGAUCUCGUAACAGUAGUGGAGAGCAGCAUUUGCAUGUUCAUGUUGAUGCACUUGGGAAAGUCCCCGUCCCUACCAUUCGUAAACCUCGUCCUUUGCUUGAAAUUGAUCCUCCAUUAGUUGAUGGGGGCUCUGAACAGAAAACCGAGAAGCCUCUAGAACAGGAACCGAUGCUUGCAGCUAGGAUCACCGUUGAAGAUUCUCUUGGCCUUCUUUUCGAUGUUGAUGAUAUUGACAGGCUCUUACUGUCUAGUCAGCCCCAAGACGGUGGAGCUCAACUUAGACGGAGGCGGCAGAUCCUGCUUGAAAGUCUAGCACAAUCGCUUCAGCUCGUUGAUCCUCUUAGCAAAGGCAGACAUGCGGUUACCUGUACUCCCAAAGAUGACAUUGUGUUCCUAAGGAUCGUUUCUCUUCCGAAGGGUCGUAAACUCAUCACCAGGUACCUUAAACUUCUCAUCCCUGGAAGUGAGCUUAUUCGAAUAGUAUGCAUGGCCAUUUUCCGUCACUUGAGAUUCUUGUUUGGCGGUCUUUCUUCCGAUCCCGAAGCAGCUGAAACAACUACCAACCUUGCAAAGACCGUUUCCCUAUCUAUCAACAACAUGGAUAUCCGUUCGCUUAGUGCUUGCCUUGUUGCUGUUGUUUGUUCUACAGAACAACCACCGUUCAGACCCCUCGGAAGCCCUGCCGGUGAUGGUGCUUCAGUUAUUCUAAAAUCCGUUCUCGAAAGAGCCACUCAAGUCUUAACUCAUCCAUCCGGAAAUUUCCCAAUGCCUCAUUACACAUUCUGGAGAGCAUCGUUUGAUGAAUUCUUCACUCUCCUCACCAAAUACUGUGUCACCAAAUACGAGUCGAUAAUACAAUCGAUACACAACCAGUCUCUACCAACCACAGAAGUAAUUGGUUCAGAAGCUAUAAGACGUGAAAUGCCUUGCGAGCUCUUACGUGCUAGUCUCCCUCACACCAAUGAAGCUCAAAGAAAGCUUUUAAUGGACUUCUCGCAACGUUCUGUCCCGGAUAACGGAUCCAACUCGCCUGCCGGAAGUAAUAGCCAAAUAAACUCUGAAUCAGAAUUUCAAGGAGGGAGUAUCCAAGAAUGGCAAUGGCAAAGGGGGGAAUUAGUGGUGAGUGAAUGAAUGAAAAGUUGAAGCUUUUUUAUGAUUAUUAUAAUGGUUGCUAUGUUGAUUGAAACAUUUCAAAUGCCAAAGUUGGGAAAGCUUUAGUGGGUUUUAGAAGAAGAAUAUGUACAGGACCUUGGGAAUGGAAUUGGAAAUUUCUUUUUUCUUUUUUUUUUUAAGUUUUAUGUUUAUAUAUAUAAUAUAUACUGUUUCAUUUCAUUAUGUUAGUUUGUGAAGGGGAUUGAUUUAUGAUGAAUGGUGAUGCAAUCUUUUUAAAAUUCUAUUUGUUGGGAACUGAGGGAGCCAAGGGAUUCUUCUUUGAGCAAAACAGAAUCUUGUAAUAAUUGAACAUUUGCUGUUUAAAUAUACUGAAAAUGUUCCUUUGA